AUGGCCAGCUACAAUAGCUCUAAGCCCGUCGUAUUCAUCGGCGCUGCCGGUGAGAUGUGUCGAAUUGCGGUGGAGCGCUUUGCUAAAGCAAGCGAUGCUCAACUUGUUCUUGCGGACCUUAACACUACUGUUAUCGAAUCCCUUGCCUCCAAGCUCCCAGCAGGAAGAACAAAGACUCAGAAGAUCGAUCUUUUCGACGGAGCUGCUCUUGCCAAUAUAGUCACAGGUGCCGGAUUGGUCGUCUUGGGUGCAGGGCCGUAUUCAAAAACCUCUCAUCCAGUCGUCAAAGCAUGCAUCAAGGCAAAGGUUCCGUACCUUGACUUUGACGAUGAUGUGGAAAGCAGCCAGGCUGCCCUAGCUCUCACGGAAGAAGCGAAGAAGGCCGGUGUACCUCUGUACAUUGGAUGUGGUGCUUCGCCCGGGUUGAGUAAUGUCAUGGUUAUGGAUGCCACCCGCGAGCUCGACACUGUUCACAGCAUCGAUAUUUGCUGGCUUGUUGGGGACGAGGCAAGCGUUGGAAAAGCAGUGCUUCAGCACUUGAUGCACAUUGCUGCCGGGCCAUGCCUCACAUGGGUCAAUUCGAAGCCGACAGUGAACGAGUCUUGGGUCGGGACCACGUACGCGCCCAUGUAUACCGAUGAUGGCGAGAGGCUCUUACAUGAGACAGCUCAUCCCGAACCGGUGACACUCCCACGUCUCUUUCCGAAUGCCACUCGAAUUCAGUGUUUUGGCUCGCUAGAUCCAAAGCCACUCAAUGGUAUCGCUCGAGGGCUUGGCUGUGCUGUUCGUGCAAAGGCAUUAUCAAUGGAUGAUGCAGUUGAAUUCCUUUAUAAUCUAGCAAGCCACCCCCCGCUAGAGGGCGGCUUGGGUGGCUUAGGUGAAGCUUUUCAGGCUUUCAAAGGACAACUGCGCGGGGGCGAUGUGAGUCUCAAGGAGCUUUACUACUUGAUCAGUCACUCUGUUGGUCCUUUGAGAUACGCUCUAUGGGGAAUGCUCGAACAGAUCUGGAAUGGCGAGUGCACCACCGCCGAGGUUCUGACUUACAUCCUGAACGCGGUGACUGGCACGAAAAUCGAAAACAGAGGCAACAUACUUGUGAGGGCAGUUGGUAUGCGCAACGGUGUGCCCACGGUGAUUACAAAACGCAACCCGAAAAAUGGAAAGGACACCUAUCUUUGCCAGAGCAUGGGCACAGUCACUGGAACUUCAACUGCUGCCUUUAUGGUGAUGGCACUCGAAGACGGCCACAAGCGCACUGGUGUUUUCUGUCCGGAAGACUGGGCUGAGCCAGAGGUGUUUUACAGUGCUUUGCAGCGCGUUGGAGUCCCCAAAGACGAGAUAAUUGAGUCUAUCUAA